GGAAGCUCCAUUGAGCUUGAUUCUUGCUUGGACAUAAUCAUCAUCCUCCAUCUGCACUGCAACCCUUCGAGAAACGGUUCAGACCAACCUUUAAACUUCUUUCCCGGAAGCCAUCCCGGCUCGGACAGGCCAUCGAUCGCCCCUUCACUUCUCAAGCUCCUGUUCGUGCUGGGCGAGACAUAAAACGUCGAGAUGUUUGGAAAACGCGAGGAGCCGACCCCACAGGAGAUCCUCGAGCAGCGCCGACCUUCCAAUGCUGAGGUCAACACGCACCGAAAGUCGGUGUCAAAUCGGGGCCUGACGGGGGCCUCGGCCCUGACUGUCAGGCAGUCGAUCUUCCCAAUCACCCUGGUCACGAUCCUCUUCUUCCUGUGGGGAUUCGCCUAUGGCCUCUUGGACGUGCUCAACGCAAAGUUCCAGACGGCCUUGAACAUCACGGCUGCCAAAGCUGGCGUAAGCUUCGACUCCGACCCCGUCGUUCUCGAUCACAGGUACUGACCGCGCGCACACAGGGUCUCCAAGGUGCCUACUUCGGGGCCUACUUCAUUGGGCCUCUGACUUACUCUGGCUGGAUCGUGAGGAAGUUCGGCUACAGAUGGACGUUCAUUGUCGGACUGUGCAUAUACGGCGUCGGCGCGCUGAUGUUCUGGCCCUCCGCUGUGUACCGGUCCUUCGGCGGUUUCUGUGGCUCCCUGUUCAUCGUCGGCUCUGGACUCUCGACGCUCGAGACCUCUGCGAACCCUUUCAUUGCGACCUGCGGGCCGCCCCGACUCUCGGAGUUCCGUCUCGAGCUCUCGCAAUCAUUCCAGGCCAUCGGCUCUGUUAUGGCUCCCCUGUUGGCCUCGCGCGUCUUUUUCGAGGAGACCAACCCGAACGACAUCUCCAAGGUGCAGUGGACAUAUCUCGGCAUCGCUGCCUUCGUCUUCCUGCUCGCCGUUGUCUUCUUCUUCUCGCCCAUUCCCGAGGUCACCGAUGCGGAUAUGGAGCUGCAAGCAGAGCAGUCCGCCGGGCUCACGGGAUACGAGGAGAGGCCCAUGUCUAAGCAGUAUAAGCUCUUCUUUGGCGUGGCUGCUCAGUUCUGCUAUGUGGGCAGCCAAGUUGGAGUAGCUGCAAACUUCAUCAACUACGCACGAGAGUCGGCCAGUCUGACUGCCGCCCAGGCCAGCGACCGCUAUGCCAUCGGGCAGGGCCUGUUCGCCAUCGGGCGAUUCGCAGCAGCAGGGCUGAUGAUGAUCGUGAAGCCACGCCUCGUUCUGAUGGUCUUUAUGACAGCUAUUAUGCUCUUUAUUGCCCUGGCAAUCGGCCUCUACGGAGAGGCGGGUAUUGCGAUGCUGAGCAUCGUGCUCUUCUUCGAGUCGUGCGUGUUCCCGACCAUCUUCACGCUGUCGAUCCGCGGCCUGGGCCGGCACACCAAGCGCGGCAGCUCGUGGAUCGUCGCGGCGGUCUCGGGCGGCGCGCUGUUCCCCUCGCUGACGGGCCUGCUGGCGGACCACAAGGGGUACCACAUCGGGAUGUGCGUGCCUCUCAUCGGGUUCUUCGUCUCGUUCGUCUACCCGAUCUUCCUCAACACCGUCUACAAGAGGGAGCUCGACGGGUUCCGCGAGUCCAAGAUUGGGUACACGGACGAGCACGGCACGAUCGGGGACUCGGCGCGUGACGCGCGCAAGGCUAGCCUCGGCAUCCAGGAGUCUGGGGAGACCAAGGUUGCCUUUAAGACGGAGCACCUGGAGGCAUAG